CUCUGUGUCAGUCAUGUAGUAAGAACAUAAUUUCUUUUACUCCAGCAAUUUCUAUCUAUAUUGAGCUGGUAUUUUAAUCAAGGUAUUUAAGACUCUACCAUAUCUUUGAAGUUCAGAGUGUAUAUUAUGAGAAAAUGACUGAAACUUCUAAAGCAACAACCAAAACAUCAACUAGAAGGAAUACACCCAAAAUACAAGAUAUAUUAUCAAGCCAGAGUAGAAGCAACUUCAGUGUUAAACUUGCAAAGUCUUAUGGGCUGGCAGAGAGGAGAUUGGGUUUGACAGAUGAAAAAGUGAAGGCCUAUCUUUCACUUCACCCCCAGGUACUGGAUGAAUUUGUGUUAGAGAGCGUUGGUGCUGAAACAGUGGAAAAAUGGCUACAAAGGAAACAAAAUAAAGAGGAAGAUGUUUCAGCUGCUAAGCAUGUCAGCAGGUAUCAAAAUCCUGAUAUGGAAGGAAUGGUGUACGACCUGAACAGCUAUUUAGAGAAACGGGCGGAUACAGUAGGGAACAGUCAACUGCUCUUGUAUGAAUUGAGCACCAUCAUUCAAAUAGCUACAAAGGCUGAUGGGUUUGCACUGUAUUUCCUGGGAGAAUGCAAUAAUAUGGACCUUGUUGGAAACUUACUUCUAGCCCUGGAUCUAAAAGCAGCAUAUGAAUUUAGUCUUUGCAUGUUCACACCACCAAGAGUGAAGGAUGGACAACCAGUACUUGUUCCUGUAGGACCAGUUAAAUACGGCACCACAAUAUCUGCUCAUGUAGCCAAAUCUAAGAAAACACUAUUAAUAGAAGAUAUUUUGGGGGAUGAACGGUUUCCGAAAGGAACUGGGCUGGAAUCAGGGACUCGUAUCAAGUCUGUACUUUGUUUGCCAAUUGUGACCGUGCUUGGAGAUCUAAUUGGUAUCCUGGAGCUUUAUCGAAAAUGGGGUAAUGAAACUUUCCAUCUCAGUCACCAAGAGGUUGCAGUAGCAAACCUUGCGUGGGUUUCAGUAGCAAUGCAUCAAAUAGAGUGUUCCCAACAUUUGCAUCAGGUAUCCAAGGGUUUGGCCAAACAGACUGAACUGAAUGACUUCCUGCUUGACGUAUCAAAAACCUACUUUGAUAACAUAGUUGCAAUAGAUUCUCUACUUGAAAAUAUAAUGAUAUAUGCAAAAAACCUGGUGAAUGCAGACCGCUGUGCACUCUUCCAGGUAGAUCAGAAGAACAAUGAGUUGUAUUCAGACUUGUUUGAUAUUGGAGAAGUACAUGAAGGGAAGCCUGUCUUCAGGAAGACCAAAGAAAUAAGAUUUUCUAUUGAAAAAGGAAUAGCUGGUCAGGUAGCAAGAACUGGUGAAGUCCUCAACAUACCUGAUGCCUAUGCAGAUCCACGUUUUAACAGGGAGGUAGAUCUCUACACAGGCUACACAACAAGGAACAUUUUAUGCAUGCCUAUUGUGAGUCGAGGAAGUGUCAUAGGUGUUGUGCAGAUGGUGAACAAACUAACUGGAAGUGCCUUUUCUAAAACUGACGAGAACAAUUUUAAAAUGUUUGCAGUCUUUUGUGCUUUGGCAUUACACUGUGCUAAUAUGUAUCACAGAAUUCACCAUUCAGAAUGUAUAUAUCGGGUAACAAUGGAGAAGCUUUCAUAUCACAGUGUUUGUACAGCAGAAGAAUGGAAAAAUCUAAUGGAUUGCAAACUCCCAUCACAUCUCUGCAGAGAAAUUGAAGAAUUCCAUUUUGACAUUGGUCCUUAUGAAGAUUUUUGGCCAGCAAUUUUCAUCUAUAUGAUUCAUCAAAGUUGUGGAGCAGGCUGGAUGAACAGAAGUCGAAAGGCUAACAAGAGAGAAGAUGGCAGUGCUAUGAUGUCAGCAUUGAGCCUUUAUAUGGAAUCUGAUAUUAUGGAGGAAGGUUUUGAUAUGGAAAAACUAUGUCGCUUCACGAUGUCUGUAAAGAAGAACUACCGCCGAGUGCCCUAUCACAACUGGAAACACGCCAUCACAGUUGCACAUUGCAUGUAUGUUAUUCUCCAGCACAACCACAGGACUUUCACAGACUUAGAACGAAGGGGUCUUCUCGUCGCCUGUUUAUGUCAUGACCUGGAUCACAGGGGUUAUAGCAACAGCUAUCUCCAGAAAUUUGAUCAUCCAUUGGCAGCACUUUAUUCCACCUCAACCAUGGAACAGCAUCAUUUUUCUCAGACAGUGUCUAUACUGCAGCUGGAAGGCCACAAUAUUUUCUCUAAUUUGAACUCCAAUGAGUAUGAACAGGUCUUGGAAAUUAUCCGCAAAGCCAUUAUUGCUACAGACCUUGCUCUGUACUUUGGAAACCGAAAGCAACUGGAAGAGUUACAACAAACAAGAUCACUGAAUCUUAAAAAUCAAGCACAUAGGGAUCGCGUGAUUGGCUUGAUGAUGACAUCUUGUGACUUGUGUUCUGUGACAAAAUUAUGGCAUGUUACCAGACUGACAGCCAAUGAUAUAUACGCAGAGUUUUGGGCUGAGGGUGAUGAAAUGAAGAAGUUAGGUAUUCAACCUAUACCUAUGAUGGACAGAGAUAAAAAAGAUGAAGUUCCUCAGGGUCAGAUUGGGUUCUAUAAUGCUGUAGCUUUGCCCUGCUAUAGUACACUUGCACAGAUCCUCCCUCCCACAAUACCACUCCAUCGAGCAUGCAGGGAAAAUCUCAAACAAUGGGAAAAGGUGAUACGAGGGGAAGAAGCUUAUGGAUGGAUACCCUCCCAAUCCAGUAAUUCUGACUCAGAAUCUUUCCCUGUGAAGAUUGUUGACUGAUCCACAUUUAAGGCUUUUUAUUCCACAAUUUUUAGCCUUUUAAAAGGAUAAACUCUGCAAAUACACAAA